UUAUUAUAUUUCUCCUUGGUUUGCAUACCCUGAUUGUUCUCCCAACAAUACAAAUGUGUUGGUUGAUAUUAAACUUGUCACUAACAGUUUUUUUUCAUUUAAUUUAAAACAUUGUAAGGUUUAAAAAAAAUAUAUCAUCAAAUGAACAAAAAUGAAUCAAUAAGCAGAUAUGGACCACUUAUUGGUGCAAUUGAUGAAGGAACGAACAGUGUUAAAUUUCUGGUUUUUGCUGCAAAUACUGCUGAAGUAUUAACGUAUCAUCAAGUUUCAAUAUCCAAAUCAUAUCCAAAAGAAGGAUGGGUUGAACAAAAUCCAAUGGAAAUAUUAGACGCAGUGGUGGAAUGUUUAAAUAAAACAGUAGAUAAUUUACAUCAACUUAGUAUAGAUUCGGCUGAUAUCAUUGCCAUUGGGAUAGCAAAUCAAAGGGAAACAUCAAUAGUAUGGGAUUCUAUUAGCGGUCAACCACUACAUAAUGCAAUUGUGUGGAUGGAUAUGCGCACCACUAACAUUGUGGAUGAAAUACUGAAAGGAGUUAGAAAUGACAUAAACUAUCUUAAACCUUUAUGUGGCCUUCCAAUUAGUCCUUACUUUAGUGCAUUAAAACUAAAAUGGUUAUUAGAUAAUGAUGACUGUGUUCAAACUGCGGUGAAAGAAAAGCGUUGCAUGUUUGGUACAGUUGAUUCCUGGCUUAUUUGGAAUUUAACAGGAGGCAUCAAUGGCGGUGCUCAUAGUACAGACGUCACGAAUGCUUCAAGAACAAUGUUAAUGAAUAUUUCGACAUUAAAAUGGGAUUCUAAAUUACUGGAUUUUUUUCAAAUACCACUUGAAAUUUUACCACAAAUUCGAAGCUCUUCUGAAAUUUAUGGUCAUAUUCAUGAUGGAGUAUUACGAGGUGUACCAAUAUCAGGGUGUUUGGGUGAUCAGCAAUCAGCUUUAGUUGGACAAAUGUGCUUCAGACGUGGUCAAGCAAAAAGUACUUAUGGCACUGGUAGCUUUGUACUUUAUAAUACAGGCACUGCGAUUGUAGAUUCAACCCAUGGUUUAUUGACAACAGUUGCCUAUCAAUUGGGACCUGAGUCACCUCCUGUUUAUGCUUUGGAAGGAUCAGUUGCAAUGGCAGGAGAAGUUAUACAAUGGUUAAAAGAAAAGUUAGAAAUUCUUUCUGACGUUAAAGAGUCAGAAGCUGUUGCCAAUCAAUUACCAUUUGAUAAUCGAAUAGUAUUUGUUCCUGCUUUUUCUGGAUUGCAUGCGCCAUAUUGGAGAAAAGAUGCACGUAGUGUCAUAUGUGGCAUUACUGAAGAAACAACUAGUGCGCAAAUAGUGAGAGCAGCUUUACAGGCUAUAUGUUUACAAACAAGAGAUAUUUUAGAAUCUAUAAAAAAAGACACUGGUUUAUUAUUAACUAAGUUACUAGUCGAUGGAGCAAUGACAGCUAAUAAUUUAUUAAUGCAAAUGCAAGCUGAUGUAUGUGGUAUUCCAGUAGUGAGGCCUUUGAUGUGUGACACCAAAGCUCUGGGUGCUGCGAUCGCUGCUGGAAGAGCAGAAGGUAUUCGCAAAUGGGAUGUAAAAUCCAACAUUGCAGUACCUAGCGAUACAUUUUUCCCAUCUAUAACUGACAACGAACGUGAUAUGCUUUAUUCACAAUGGAAAAUGGCUGUGAAACGAAGUCUAGAAUGGGAAUCUUUAGAAGAAUUACAUGAGGAUGAUGAAGAUCUUCAUAAGUUAACUGCCACAGGACUUUUUGUAAUUGGAACGUUGAUUUUUCUUAUGAUUGCAAAGUAUCGAUCAAUUACUUGAUUUUAGUUUUCAAAUAGAAAUAUAAUAAAAAUUGUUUUAGAUAAUUUUUUGCAUUUAAAAAGAUAGUUAGAAAUUUCUUUUGAUAUGGAAAACUCAUAAAAUUUUAAUAAUUUUAUCUAACUACAUAUUACGUUAAUAGUUAAUACAUGUAAAAAUGAGAUUGUUAUGAUAUAUAAUUAGAGAAUAACAAUACUUUUUAAAUACGA